AUGUUAGAGCGUGGAGUAUCAAAGAAUCCAAAUGCUUUACUUGGAUAUCAUGCACUUUUAAAAUGUCUAGUUGCAGGUGAACAACAACAACAACAAAUGACAACAAAAUCAUACGAUCAAAUAAGAGAACUAGUUGGAAAAGCAUUAGAGUUAAUCAAAUCACGUGAGAAUCCAGCUGAUACCGAUAUCUUCAUUGAUAUUCAUAUCAUUUUGUUCACAAUCAUUGGCAACUGUCAUUUACUCUUUAAAUUGGCAACCAUCUACUUUAACGAUCGUAAAUACGAAAAAUCAUUACAAUAUUUCCAACAAGUUAUUGACAGUGGCAGCAACAGCAGCAACAGCAGCAAUACUAGUUAUCGUUCACAAUCAAUUAUUUAUAGCUGUUGGAUAAAGUUGAUAUCAUCAGAACAACCAAUCAAUGAUAAAGAUUUAUCGUUGAUCAAAUCGGAUUUGGAAUCCGCUAUUGCCAACGAUGAGAAUUUCCAUCUUGGAUACUUUGUAUUGGGAUUAUUGUAUUCGAAACAACAACGUGGUGGUGAAGCUAUUCUCAUGUUUUUAAAGGCUGCUCAGAAGAACACAGCAUUCUCUCUGACAUUCUCUGAGCUUGGAAUGCUGUACCAACGUGUCAACAACGAUGUUGAACGUGCCAAGAAAUGUUACCAGAAAGCAUUGUCUCUUGAUAUCCUGAAUGAAGAUGCCGGUCGUUCUCUAUCGGACUACUAUAUCACACAACAACAAUACACACUUGCAAGUUCUCUCUACCGUGAGAUCACCAAGUACUGCUUGGACAAUAGAAAGUCAUUCCAACUCAAUGUUGUCCGUUGUUCAUGGGCAUUCUAUCGUCUGGCGCUCUACCAGAUGGAUCUUGGUGAGCUGGAUCAAGCGUCGACCUCAUUCUUGACCGCGUUGAAAGGCAAGCCGGAAUCCACUAUCUACUGGCGUGGAAUUGGUGAAUGCUACCGUCGUCAAACCAAAUAUAUUGCAUCGCUCAAGGCGUUGUCUCAUGCGGAAACACUACUGAAUCAAACCAAUGAAAAAGUACCAGAGUUGAACUAUCAGAUUGCCGUUUUAAACAAGAUUCUUGGGCUGAACGAUGAGGCAGUCAUUGAAUUUGACCAGGUUCUCAGCCAACUCGGAAAACACUUGCCAUCACUCAAAGGCAAAGCCGAAUGUCUUUUCCAGCUCGCCAAACACUAUCACUCUAAUGGAUCGUCUAGAAUGGCAUUACAAUCGCUCGAGUCGGCAGAGACAACCAUCCAACUAGCGAUUGAACAAGAUUCCAAGAUAUUCUGUCUGUGGAAGUUGCUCGGUGAUAUCUCUACUUUUUAUCACCAUAUUGCUUUGCAAGGAAUGAAUUCAUUGGAUGUUCAACAAAAGCUACAACAGGGUGCCGAUGCCUAUUUGAAAUGUCAACACAACAACAACAGAUCGUCGACACUGAAAGACCUAGCAAUUAACCAUUACUAUCAAUAUCUUUGUUGUAGUAGCAACGGUCCGGAAUCAGAGAAGAAACAAACAGUUUUACGAUCGGCUAUCAAGUUUAUUAGUGUUGCUAUCAAUCUGUCUUCGACUGACUAUAGUCUUUGGAAUUUGAUGGGUGUCAUUCUGAUGGAUAGCUAUCCAUUGCAAUCACAACAUUGUUUUAUCCGUUCGAUUCAAUUGAAUUCCACUCGUUUCGAACCGUACAACAAUCUCUGUGCACUCUACUUGCAAUCGAAUCAAUUGGAUCUUGCCAGUUCAGCGCUGAUGGUUGCCCGCUCCAACGAUCCAGAUUCAAGCAGUGUCUGGUCACUACAAGGUCUAAUCCACGAGUUGAACGGAUCGAUCUUGGCAAUCGAUCAAUUGGAACUUGCACACUCUGACUAUGUUCACAUUCAAAGUGCACUGGAACAACAACCAGUUGGAGAAGCACUGAUAGGUUCUGCCAUUCUUGCCUAUCAGCACAAAGACAAUACCACUGCACAGCAACAACUGGCAAGAUACAUCGCACUCUAUAGCUCGACAACCUGUUCAUCCCUCAUUGAAGCACACAACUAUCUUGCAUUGAUUCUCGAAUCCAACGGACAAUAUCAACUUGCAAUUGAUCAACUUCAUCUUGCAUUAACUAAAUUGGUAGACAACAACAGCAGCAGCAACAACAAUAAUAUAGUUAAACCAAAUCAAUUUAGUUUGAAUUCAAUUAGAAACAAUGAUAUUGGUGGCAAUAAUAAUCAAAUGGAUAACGAUUCAAUUACAAAGAAGAAAUGUAUUGAAAUCAAUCUUUCAAGAGUACAAUUGAAAGCUGGACAAUGGAAACAAUGUUUGGAUACACUGACGCCAUAUAUUACUGAAGGAGACAAGUGUAUGUCGGGAGCCGUUGGAAAUAGUCAGAUCUGGGAGAUUAUUGCUAUUGCAAACUACCGAUUGGGACAACCAGACAAAUCCAUUCAAGCUUACCAAGCAUCGGUUGCAUCGAUUCACCAAGCAGGUCAAGACGAAUCGAUUUUGCGACGAAAGAAGUGUACUCUUUUGAUAUCGUUGGCAAAGGUACUCUAUCAGUGUAAGAAACUCCCACAAGCCGAACAAAUCAUUGAGAAGGUGUUGGCUGUUGACAAUCGAUUUGCACCGGCCAUCUAUUUGAGUUCGGCGAUCAAGAUUCUAGCGAACGAUUGUCAGGCUGCCAAACAAUUGUUGGUGGAUCACGCCAACAAGUCAAUGUCUGUCACUCUUGAAAACUAUAUUCUACAAUCGAUCAUCGCAUUACAAACCAAUGAUAUCGCACAGGCUCGUUCACAGUUGAUCAGAGCAUGUCAUGCCUAUCCACAUUAUCCUCACGUUUGGAAACUACUUUUAGAUCAUCUCAAUCGUUAUCAUCAACUAUCGGAUUCAUCUGCAAUCAAAUCCAUUCUCACACGCCUAGAGAACUCUAGAAACAUCUCUGCCAACCACACAGUUGACAGUGACAACCAUCGAUAUGAUGCCAAAUCAAUCGAAUAUACAUUUGCCAAAUCACAUUUGUUGCAAGUAGAUCGUUGCUAUUCAGUCAACAUUUCCGAAUCUAUCAAGCAGAUGAAACGUAUAGUACAUAGUUGUCCUAGCGAUACCAACGCUUGGAAAGAUCUCUCGAAUCUACUGUAUCUACAAGCUCUACACAGUCAAAGUCUUGAAGAUUUCGAAUCUGCAUUGACUGCCAACCGUUUAAUUACAGAUAGAUAUGGAAAUGACAACACUAGCAAACAACACUCUGUUCAACUAUCGGAUAUCUUGAUGCACCUGUCCAGAGAGAAGGAAUUUACAGAGUUGAAUCAAUCGCUAUUGAAACAACAUGAAAAAGAUAACAAGAUACAAUCACAACUCAUUAGACAACAAGCAAGGUAUCAACUGAUUAAUAACGAUAGAACAAGUGCAUUGAAACUUUAUAAACAAUCAUUAACACUAGAUAAUACUAAUAUACAUUUAUAUCAUGAACUAUCAUAUAUUUAUGAAGAAAUGAAUUUAUUGGAUGCAUCUUUAUUAUGUUUGAAUCAAUCUUUGACACUAGCAGGUGCUAAUGAUGAAGAUCUUAGAUUGAUUACAGUUGGAAGAUUGAUGAGAUAUUAUAUCAUGAUGAAAAAGUGGAAGGAAGCAAUCAAGAUUUUCAAUGAUUAUAAUAACGAGACGUCGAAUACAACAACUCACCCAAUUCUAUUGCUAUUCAAAUCGAUCGUACUGUUAAUAUCCAAUAAUGAUAAGAAAGCAUCGAAACAAGUGGAUAACGAUAUCAACAAUGCCUUGUCACUACUUAAUCAAGUGAUUGCUAUCAACCCAAGAAUGCCAUUAGCCAACCUGUACUGUGCCAUUGCCAAUACGAAAGCUACAUCUACAUCGUCCCUUACAAACUCUGGAACCAAUGACUUUAACAACAAGAUCGAUAGACUCGUUCAACAGGAAACUAGAAACACUCCUGCUAUAGUUCCAGACAAGAUAUUCAAAGAUUUAACAUUAAAGAAUUAA